AUGGGUCUCAGAGUGAGUGUUUGAGAUAAAAGGAGAUUCACUAAGCAAUUGAGAACGUCUCCGGGCAAGUGCCGGUGGCGCCCAUGUCCUGCGCCUUCGAUCCAAUGAGGACGUAUGCCGAUCGGAAUGCGGUCGCCUGCCGCGGAUUUUGCCUCAAAUGGUCCAGCGUCACUAUCCUUCCCGACGGUUCGCCUUUUCGACCCGCUUCUCGCAGUUCAAAUGUUUCAGGAGGCUUGGAGGUACAUGUCUUAAGAGGAUGUCAGGAGACUCUCAUAGACUCCUCCAUCAAUCCUCCGCCGCAGGUUUUUCCCACCUUUUUCUCGUUAUUCGCUGCUUUGAGGAGCCCAAGUGUUACCAAACGCCGCACGACAUGAACCACGAGGUCGGCCAGGAGUACAUAACUUCUUGCUACUGCAAUCACUUCAUGUGCAACUCAACUCAGGAUUCCUUAGGCCUCAUCUCUAUUACCUUAGUCUUGUGUAUUUACAAACUAUUUUCCUAG